AUGUCGCGAUUCGAGCCUCCAGAGUUGGGAACACAGUUGCAGGGCAAGGUUGUCGUGUUGACGGGAGGCGCCCUGGGCAUCGGCGCCGAACUGGUGCGCCUACUUCACUCUGCCGGCAGCAAUGUCUUUUUCGGCGACGUCUUGAUUUCCCACGGCGAAGCCCUCGCCAAAGAACUUUCAGCUGCCCCAAAGACACCGGGUCAAGAGGUAAAAUUCUUGUACACCAAUGUGGCAGAUCACCUUUCCAAUCUCGGGCUUUUUGAGUUGGCGUACGAGACUUGCGGGAAAGUUGAUCAUGCGGCCAGUGUUGCGGGAAUCAACAGAGAAGACGAUAUCGUGGAUCAAAGGUUGACGUUGGAGAGUGUGAGGAAGGAACCCGAUAUCGACGACUCGCUAAACGUAAACCUCAGAGGUCCCAUCCUGUUCUCACGCCUCGCGAGCGUCUAUCUCCGUCAACCACCUCUCAACGACAAAUCCUCCUCCACCGCGGCAGCAAACAAAUCAUUGACUUUGGUCUCUUCGGUGGCCGGGUUCACCGAAGCUCCCGGUUUGGCAAUCUACUCGUCGGGUAAACAUGGUGUGUAUGGAUUAAUGCGUGCGUUGCGAAAAGUUCUCAUCAAAUCAUCCCCUUACGCAAUCAGGACAAAUGCAGUGUGCCCUUGGAUGACGGAAACAAGAAUGGUGACGGGCAUCGACAAGGACUGGAAAGAAGCGGGUUUACCGCGCAACAAAGCCAUCGAUGUCGCUAGAGUGAUCGCAGGCCUCAUGGUUGCCGAGUCUUUGAAUGGCGAAGCCCUCUAUGUCGAAGGAGGACGGGCUUGGGGCAUUGAAGAAGGGAUAGAGAGGACGCAACCGCAGUGGAUGGGGGAAAAGCAAAGUGCUGAUUUCCAAAAGGGCCAGAAGGUUUUGGGCACGGGAGAGAAUUGGUGA